AUGUUAAUAUUUCUUCUAUCAUUACUUUUUAUAACGGAAAUAAAGUCUUUAUGUCUAGAUGUAAAAACUAAAUAUGGAACACUUCAAGGAAGGAAAAGCCGUGUAUCAAAAGAGGUUGUCGAAUUUUUGGGAGUUCCAUUCGCAAAACCACCAAUUAAAGGUUUAAGAUUUAGGGAACCAAAACCACUAAAAGAAAAUUUUUAUGGUAAAGGCUUUAAAGCAACCAAACAUGCUAAUGCAUGUUAUCAAAUAAUUAAAAAAAUUAACUUUAAAGGUUAUGAUACAUGGUCUCCAGACAAAAAUAAAAUGUCAGAAGAUUGCCUUAAAUUAAAUAUGUGGGUUCCCAAAAAUGUAACUGGAGCUGUUAUUGUUUUUAUAUUUGGUGGACAAUAUAUUUUUGGAUCACCUUCUGUAGAAUAUUAUGAUGGCAGUAUAUUAGCUGAAAAAACAGGUGCAAUUGUUGUAAAUCUUAAUUACAGAUUAGGCGUUUUUGGUUUUGCUUACUAUAAAGGAAAUGAAAAAGGUGGUAUUCCAGGAAAUUUGGGAUUAUUAGAUCAACAGUUAGGAUUAACAUGGAUACAAGAAAAUAUUAAAUCUUUUGGUGGUAAUCCUAAAAAAGUUACAUUAUUUGGACAAGGUUCAGGAAGUGCAAUGGCUACUGCUCACUUGUUUUCCAAUAACAGCAAAAAUUUAUUUAACAAAAUUAUUGCUUUAUCAGGAACAAUUAAAAAUAUAUGGGCUGUUUCAAGAUCUGAUUUGGUAGAAGAAAAUUUUAGAAAAUUAAUAAGCAAGGUAAAAUGUGAUGGAGGUAGUUUAAAAGAUGAAGUGAAAUGUAUGCAAAGUCUCAAAGCUGAUUAUCUUUAUACAAAAGCUUUUUAUAUUAAAAACUCUUAUCAGCAUGUUACUACAGCACCAUUUAUUCCUGUGGAUAAAGAAAGUGUAUUCUUUGAAGUUGGAAAAACAGCUUCUGAAGCAUCAUUAUUUAUGGCAUUUAUGUUGAAUCAGACAUCUUAUGGAUGUGGAAUUAAUUUUAAAAAAAGUAUGAAAUCUAGAGAAAAUCAAUGCUUAAUGGAUGAUUGGAAUUAUAAUAAUGUUAUUAAUCUACUUAGUUAUGAUCAUAGAAUAACAAGUGAAGGUAAAACAAAAAUUAUACAAGAAUACAAAGAUAUAGCAAAAAAAAGCAGAGAUAAGGCAGUUAGGGCUAUUUCAGAUUUUGGUUUUGAUUGUGAUAUUCAAGCUUUUGCUACUGACAUGGAUAAACAUUUUAAAGGAAAUGUAUAUUCCUAUUACUUUAAAGAAAGAUCUUCAUCAAAUCCUUGGCCAGAGUGGAUGGGUCCAAUGCAUCGUUAUGAUUUGUUAUAUCUUUUUGGAUAUCCAUUCAAAAAUCCAAAAUAUUAUAAAAAAAGUGAAUUAAAGUAUGAACAAAGUAAUUCACUAAGAUUAAUGAAAAUUAUUGGUGCAUUUGCUUUUGAUGGCAGAAUUAAAAACGAAUUAGAUGCAUUAGAAAGGGAGUUUUAUGGUAGUAGUAAACAAAGUAAAUUUGAAAUUAAUGAAUGGAAUAGUUCCUCUUUUGAUAAAUUUUCCAAAUGCGAAUUUGUAAAAUCGGUUCAAGAAAAAUUUAGAAUUCCCAACUAUCCAUAUUAA